CAGCCUCUCUUCCUAGGACUUUUCAUUCAUUGGAUCAUUGCCCUUCCUUGGCUGUUCUCUUUCCUCAGUAAGAUCUAUCCAGAAUGCCAGAAGAAAGGAUCUACUCUUCAGGGAGGGAACCCUAUUUCAAUUUGAACUCCACCUGGUAUGGCCCUGCAGGAUCAUGGCUGGACACUCGCCGCAAACCGUUCCACUACGCUCACAAUACCUGCUGCAUAACCGGUUGCAACCGCAGAGACGACAUCCCGAGAAGAGGAGGCCAUGAUUACCGAUGCUACGGCUAUCGUCGGUCCACCUGUCGAUCAGGGGGUAACCCAAGAGUGAGAUGCUGUGUCCACAACCCCUCGGGAGGACCACGAGACUAUUGGGGGCGACCGAUUGGGGAUUCGUGCAAUGGAAAUACAGGUGGAUGUUAUUCUAAUGAAGAGUCAUUCUCUGCAGGGGCAUGUUGUGGAUCUUCAGGAGGAUGUGGCAGUGGAGGGGCAGGGGGUUGCUCUCAGCCAGGUUUUACAUCGGUAGGCUGCAGCGGUGGGGGAGGAGGAGUAUGUUCUGAGCCAGGAGGAUGCGGCAGUGGAGGAAGAGGAGUAUGUUCUGAGCCAGGAGGAUGUGGCAGCGGAGGAAGAGGAGUAUGUUCUGAGCCAGGAGGAUGCGGCAGUGGAGGAAGAGGAGUAUGUUCUGAACCUGGAGGAUGUGGCAGCGGAGGAAGAGGAGUAUGUUCUGAGCCAGGAGGAUGCGGCAGCGGAGGAAGAGGAGUAUGUUCUGAACCUGGAGGAUGCGGCAGUGGAGGAAGAGGAGUAUGUUCUGAACCCGGAGGAUGCGGCAGUGGAGGAAGUGGAGCAUGUGCUGAGGCAGGAGGAUGCAGCGGUAGAAGAAGAGGAGUAUGUUCUGAGCCAUGUCGACGACUUUUUAGAAGGUUCCGGAGAUCUGGGAGAUCGUCCUGUGGAGGAUGUUAAGGGAAUGUUCUUUGUAUUGAUCCAAGGACUCUGGUUGGUUGUGUCUCAACCAUGUCGAAGAUCCCUGAUGAGUCUGUUACUAUGAGCAACAGUGCCUGAAAAUGAGCUUUUAUUUGUUUGCAUUUUUUUUCUACUCCAAUUUUCUCCCAAACGUGGCCUUUACUGUAACUUACAAAAUUCAUAAAAAGAAACAAUGCAAAAAUAAAAGAACAAAUUUAACCACAAAAGCAAAGAACUGAUGUUUGGUAGAAAAGAGAAGAGUGUUGAACCUAAUUUUUAAAUAGAAAGAAAAACAAUUAAACAAGAUUCACUGGCAGUCUUUAA